ACCAUUCCCCACCCCAUGGGACCCGAUGCACCGCGUGUCCCCGCCCCGCAGGCGUCUCCUUCCGGAUCCGAGCUGGGGAAUCCCCAGCGCAGCCUCCCGGCCGCGCAUAAAGGGGCGCAACGGCCGGGGAGCCCCAGUCCAGCCAUGGCCCACACCGCCCCCAGUGCCCUGCGCCCCGUGCCACUGCUGCUGCUGCUGCUGCUGCUGGUGACGGGAGCCGCCCGGAGAGCCGCAGGAGCGCCUGUGACCACCGAGCUGCGCUGCCGCUGUCUGCAGCCUGUGCGCGGGCUGCACCCCAAGAGUAUCCAGAGCGUAGCCGUGACGGCGCCGGGACCCCACUGCCACCAAACCGAAGUCGUGGCCACGCUCAAGGAUGGACGUGUAGCCUGCCUAGACCCGGAGGCCCCGAUGGUGCAGAGAGUCCUGCAGAGAAUGCUGAGCAAAAGCAAAGCCACCUGAGCCCUGGAGGACUGAGCCCUUCAGUGUGCCUGUUUCUGAGGGAAUUCUCAGAGGAAUCAAAGGGAAAGAGAGGCGAAAUAACACCAGCGGUGCGGGAUUGUGCCUAAUGUCUGUGACCAUUUCUUGUGGGAGUUUUUCUUCUAUUUAUUUGAAUAUGUAUUUAUUUUUCCAUGCUUUUGUAUGGUUUAAUAUUUAAAGAUGAGAUGGUAUUUUUUCUAAUAUUUUAUUGUACGGUUAUUUUAACGGUCAUUUUUAAUGUUAAAUCAAAGUUAUUUUAGUAAUGACUUAGUUUGAAGAUGAUGAGUGUAAGAUAUUUAUUCAUUAAACUUGUUGGGCACCAUGCCAGCCAGGUAGGGAAUGCAGAGAAGUAGUGAGAUCCACCUUAACCUGGGUGAGUGUGUGCACACAUGUUUUUGUAACUGUUUAGAUGAAUGUCAGCUGUUAUUUAUUGCCACACUUUCACAGAACGUAGUCAACAUUUCUGAUGUUGAAGCCUUAAGAACUACAAUGUUCUAAUUACCCCUUGGACAUUUUAUGUCUUCUUUGUAAGGCACAAUGCCUUGUUUAGCCAUAACUGUGCACUGUUUCUACAUGUUUUGGAGCAGAGAUAUAUUUAUCAGUAUGUUUUUACAAAUAUCAUGAAAAUAAAGCUUUUACAAAAAUA